AUGACGUCCGGAGCCGUGCAUGCAUGUAGCUUCAUUCUCUACCACUUGACAAGAAUCACCAGAGUGGUCUUUGGUGCACCUGAAGCAUCUGGGUUUAGACCUACACUGAGCUUUAGUAUGGCCAAACCUACAGCAAGAGUGGCACUGAAUGGAACCACAUGGACGCAGGAGCUGGUGUGGCUGAUAACCAAUGAUUUAAACUUUGAAAAAGCAAAGUCUGUACCGCUAAUGGACAGAUACUCGUUUCUGGAAAUGUGCAUGUUCGCCAAUAACAAGGCAUUUCAAUUUUUAAUGAAAAAGAAUGCAGACAAACCAGGCGGUGCCCAAAUACUGGAAAAGUUAUCUAUACCUGGGUAUGAAACCCUGGCUAACAUGAAGUCGCACCGCUUCAUCAAGACCCAUUUGCCUAUGUCCUUGCGGCCUCCUAAUCUGCUGGACACGUGCAAGGUUGUGUACGUGGCCAGGGAUCCCCGUGAUGUCGCAGUUUCAUACUACUGUUUCAACAAGGAGAAUGUUUUGUUGGGUUUGACAGCUCCAUUUAAGGACUUCUUUGAAUUACUUAAGAAAGAUCUACUGUUGUGGUGUCCUUACUUCGAACACGUGAAGGAGGCGUGGGCGCAGCGGCGUCACCCCAACAUGCUAUUUCUUUUCUACGAGGAUCUAUCCAAGGAACUAAAGGGCACGGCGCGUCGCGUGGCUAACUUUUUCGGUAAAAGUUACAGCGAGGAACAACUGGACCAGCUGUGUGACUUUUUAAGCUUCGACAACUUCAAGAAAAAUGAAUCUGUAGACCUUAAGGAACUUCGCGAUGUGGGCAUGUUUGAUGCGCAAAACAAGAAUUUCAUCAGGAAAGGCAAGUCAGGCGGUUGGCGCGAGUACUUUGAGGGAGAACUAGCGUUGGAGGUUCAGAACUGGAUAGAUCAGAACCUGCGGGACACCGACUUGCGCUUCCCAUCACUUUAAAUAUUCUUAGUAUCGGCAUGGGGAUGGGGUAUCAAUUCAUUCAAAUUUAUUUUAGUACACAUUUAUAACUGUAGAUGGCGUCACUUGGAUAAAAUAAAAUAAUAUAAAGU